UUACUUCACCAAAUCUAAAAAAAAAUCAUUCACACCACCACCAUCACCACAAUCCACAGCUACAAUAUAAUUCUAACUACGCAAAAAAUCAUACUCUUCUUUCUUUUCUCUUCCAUAUUCCCUUAUCUCCCACAAACCAAAUCAAAAUGGGUCCAAUCGUGUUAACUCAGCUGGCCACCGGUCUCAGCGUCCUUGCCGGAGCGGUUCUCGUCAAGUCAGUCAUGGACAACAACCCCAACACCAUGGCUGGAUCCUUCCCUCGCUGCCCUUCUUGCAACGGAACCGGCCGGGUCACCUGCAUCUGUUCCCGUUGGUCCGAUGGCGACGUAGGGUGCCGAACAUGCGCCGGUUCUGGUCGCAUGGCUUGCAGCAGUUGUGGUGGAACCGGAACCGGCCGACCUAUACCAGCUAGGAUUGCGGUAAGGCCUACGAACCGUCCCCCUCCCAGCUGAGUGAACCAGUUUGGUGUUAUUUUUGUUUUGAAUUAUUCCUGGUAUUGGUUUCUCAUCCGAAAUGAAUGGAAUAUGUUAUUAUAUUUAAUGUAAUAUAUUAUAUGAUAUGAUGGAUGAUGAUUGUAAGACACAGAGGGGGAUUAUUAGUUUAUACAAUCGCUAUAACAAUACACUGUAAUUACUAAUUAGUUUUCUCAUUAUAAAAGUUUUUACAUUUUAUUCGCAAA